AGUCCUCUGUUUCCCUCAUCUUGCGACUCCGCCUCCGAGAUCGUCGAGUGCGCUGUAAACUGUCACCAUCACUCAGACACAAAACUCGAACUGUAAUUUACAAAUAUGGCGACACUAAAAGUGCUGUCUAGGGCCGAGAAUGUCGUCUUAAGGAGCGUGUCAUCGAAGAUCAGAUCGAGCCUCGCGCGGCACUCUCUCAUCAAGACUUGUGGUUGCUACUUUUCCACUUCACGUCAGCGGUCAGCACAGUUCUAUUCUGACCCCUUAGAUGCUAUCAAAGAUAUACCUCAGGGAGCUACCGUUCUUGUUGGAGGUUUUGGCCUAUGUGGUAUUCCAGAGAACCUAAUCAAGAGUUUGCUCAAAUCCGGGGUGAAAAACUUAACAGCAGUCAGCAAUAAUGCAGGAGUGGAUGACUUUGGCCUCGGUCUGCUCCUGCAGACCAAACAGAUCAAGCGUAUGAUCUCGUCGUAUGUGGGGGAGAAUGUAGAGUUUGAGAGGCAGUAUCUGGCCGGUGAGCUGGAGGUGGAGCUGACACCACAGGGAACGCUAGCGGAGAGGAUCAGGGCAGGUGGUGCAGGUGUGCCAGCCUUUUUCACAGCUACGGGUUACGGCACACUGAUCCAGGAAGGCGGGUCUCCUAUCAAAUACAACACAGAUGGCACUAUCGCCAUUGCCAGUGAACCCAGAGAGGUGCGUGAAUUUAACGGCAGGCAUUACAUCAUGGAGAAAGCAAUCACUGGUGACUUUGCUCUGGUCAAAGCUUGGAAAGCAGACAAGGCAGGAAAUGUUAUCUUCAGAAAAACAGCACGAAAUUUCAACCAGCCAAUGUGCAAGGCAGCCAAAAUCACAGUUGUAGAGGUUGAGGAGAUUGUAGACGUGGGUACGUUCGCGGCGGAAGACAUUCACAUACCCAGCGUUUACGUCCACAGGAUUGUCAAGGGAGAUCGCUACGAGAAGCGGAUUGAGAGGCGAACAGUAAAGAAGGGCCAGACCGAAAAGCCCAAACCCAAGAAAGAUUCAGAUAUAGUGAGGGAGAGGAUUAUUCGCAGAGCUGCGCUGGAGUUUGAAGAUGGGAUGUACGCUAACCUGGGCAUUGGAAUUCCCAUGCUGGCCAGUAAUUUCAUUAAACCAGAUAUUAAAGUUCACCUGCAGAGUGAAAAUGGCAUUCUGGGAUUGGGCCCGUACCCAACAGAUGAUGAGGUUGAUGCGGAUCUCAUCAAUGCUGGUAAAGAAACUGUCACCGUUCUUCCUGGAGCCUCAUAUUUCUCUAGUGAUGAUUCCUUCGCCAUGAUCAGAGGGGGCCACAUCAAUUUGACCAUGUUAGGAGCCAUGCAGGUAUCCAAGUAUGGAGAUCUGGCUAACUGGAUGAUUCCGGGUAAGAUGGUGAAGGGCAUGGGAGGGGCGAUGGAUCUAGUGGCCAGCGCUGGGACAAAAGUGGUUGUUACAAUGGAGCACUCGGCUAAGGGUGGCAAACACAAGAUUUUGGACAAAUGCAACCUGCCUCUGACCGGGAAACAGUGUGUGGACCGUAUAAUUACAGAAAAGGCAGUAUUUGAUGUGGACAAGGAUAAAGGUUUAACCCUCAUUGAGGUUUGGGAGGGUAUUUCACCAGACGACAUUAAGAAGUGCACAGGGACAGACUUUCUGGUCUCUCCGAACUUAAAACCGAUGCAGCAGAUUUAACGCUUGACUGACAAGUUGUUGGGAUUGUUCACAGCUGAUGGAAGCCGCACACUUGUUAAAUCCCCACAAAAAUCCUUUAGAAGAUUUGUGAGGAUAUUUGACUGAAGUAAACCGAAAGCAACAAUUGAUCAAUGAAGUCCUCGAUCCAUGAUGCUGUCUUCAUCUGUUAAAAUAACAUAUGAAAGUGUUAAAUAAGUAAGGUUUUUUUAAGGUAUUCUAGAAUAUUUUUAGAGUAUUGUCAUUAUCUGAUGAAUGUAGAGUAUUGACAAUAGAUUGAACAAGCAUUUUGUUAAUCAGUGUACAUUUCACAAUGGAAUUUUAUUUUAAAAUGGUCUAAUUCAAGUGCUUCACGAUGCCAUAUAGAAGAACCUUUUCUGUUUUUAAAUACUUCUUUAAGGUAAAAAUGUAUAAAGGAAAUGGUUCUUUAAAGAAGGUUCUACUAUGGCAUCGCUGUAAAGAACCUUUCAAGCAUCUUUAUUUUUAAGAGUGUUAAUGUUUCAUUUACAGUGUGUACAUAUGCUUUGUACAAACAAUAAACAUCUAUUUGUCACGCCA